AUGGCGCAGGUCAUCUCACCCGGUCGUCGGUCAAGCUUAGACUCCCUGGCAGGUUCACCAAUAGCAUCACCAACAUCGUCAGCGUCUCCGUAUUCACCAACUGAUAGUAUAUUCGUCCGUGAUUCAUCUUCAGCGCUCGUUCUCCUUCCCAGCCAAGAUGAAGAGGAUUCUUUCGAAUUCAGUAGUGACGAAGAACAUGACGAUCAUGACCCUCAGCUAGAGAUUGCGAAGCUUGCCAUACCUCCUCUUCCGGCCGCCACAGUGUUUCUGUACCUUCUAGCGCCAUACCUCAGGCUUGGCGCCAUUCUCCUGCCAAGCGGUAUCACCUCGCUGAAAUUUGGUCUUGUAAAUUUCUUUGUUGCCGCGGCGUUAUCAGCCUUUUCUCGCAACCUAUGGUUCCUUCUGGCAAGGUACCUACGGAAGAAUACUGCGGAGGAUAUUUUCUUGGAGGUGAUUGCGAAAGGUAUUAGCAGGGCCAAGCGCAGACGAAGUGAACGGAUCCGACGUCUGCUUCUUUGCAUCACUGGGUCGUUGAGAAUCUUGAUAACAUCUAUGUAUUUACGCGCAUCUGUGGACUCCAUCUAUCCACUUCUACUCGAGGCUCUUCCUGUACAAACAUGGCUUAUCACCACUUUAGCAUUGGGUCUGCUCAUAUUUGUUGUAUCAUUUCCCAAAUCUCUAGCGGCGAAGCAAGUCAUCUGUACAACGUGGUUAUCGAUACUCCUAUAUACUGCAUGGUUAGCUGCUGCGCUGUAUAACCGUAUGACUGGCACUGUGAUACCAAGCCCCAUUCUGGUGCAGCAUGGUGUACUCUGGAAUAGUACCACGUGUAUUGCGUUUUCGUUCGCAACUUCGCUAACGGUUCCUCUAUCUGCUUCUCUGGCCGGGCGGCCUUCUACUCCAUCAAACAAGACGGGCAGAGGUAUAUAUUUCCAGAUGCUGAGCAUCUCAUCGACAAUCAUAGCGACCCUCCUUAUACUGCCAUCAAUAUUGACAGCCUCCUCGCCCAAUGCUCCAGGAGCACUUGGCAGCGAUAUGCGUAAUACUAUAGUCCACGUCCUUGGGGCAUCUUCUCUCUUGUUGUCCAUCCCUCCCGUGUUGGUUUCUAUACCUCCUCUACCAAUUCCGCUAGCCGUCCGGAGAAUUUGCAAGUUGGACCUCAGCAAGGCUACUCUCAUAUUCCUUGUUGUAUUGCUCAGCUUAGCCCCUCCAUCAAUGGCGACAUUCCUUAAUGACCUCACUCUAUUUUUGGCUCUUGGUGGAAACUAUUUUCUUCCAGCAUUGGCACAUAUCACGAUCCAUUAUUUCAGACGACCUAUAUCUAUUGUGAUUCCUCACUCGGUCCCAAACACACCACAAACUAUACAUCCACCUUCUCCGCCUCACAGUGCAGACGCCCUUCUCCAGCGCAAAGAGAGGCUGCUCCAGCGAAGGCGGCUUGGAAGACGAGUGUUAUGGGAUGUUGGCGUUUGGUUGUUACUGAUGCCCAUCAGCGUAUUUGGAAUGGUUUGGGCGGGUGGCCGAUUGGUUAGCAAAUGGUAGCUUUCGCAGCAGCGCAAGAUCCCCCGGAAUAGGCUUUGCGUGUUUCCAGAAUCGAGCAUCAUGCCAGAUAUACACACACCCCAAACUACUGCACAUUCCGUGUGACCCGUACCU